UAUUUAAUGACCCACAGACCGUUCCGAGGAUAGUGUGAAUUACCGUAUCCAAUUUGUAAAGUAAAUCCCAUCGACAUGUUCACAAUGUAUAUAUAAGAUUGAAUCGUAAGAAAAUGUUAAUAGUUGUCGCAGCAAUUGAAUCGAAGAAGUAAGAAAAUGAAGACUCUAACUCUUACCAUUUUUUUAUUUACUUUAAUAGUAUGUUCUAUUUGUGUACCGAUCGAUUCAGUUGAUGAACCGGACGUUUUACCAGAAGAACCAGAACGAGAGAAUAAACAUCAAGUUUCAGUUGAUGAUAGUCAUUUACGAGUAAAAAGAUUUACUUGCGAUGUACUCAGUUUUGAAGCUGUCGGAGUAAAACUGAACGAUGCAGCUUGUGCUCUUCAUUGCGUUAAAAUUGGAAAGAGAGGAGGUUGGUGUGAUGGACACAAAGUUUGUAAUUGCAGAAAAUGAUUCCAAAGAUAUUAUAUAUUGUCGAAAAUAAUAUUUAAUCAUAAGAUAAUUAAAUAAAGAGAAAAUUA